AUGGCUACUGCUACUACGGCAUGGAAUUUGUUGCGGAGGGACCAAGAUUUCGUGUCACUCGAUUACAUGGAUGAAGUAAUGGAGAAUGCUAGGUCAAUUAUCUCGAACGACGAAUGGGAGAAGAUGAAAAGCGAUGAAGGUCUUGAAGAAAGGAUCAACUGGGAGACUUUUGAAAAUCUGGUCCGCUAUGUUCGUCUUGCCCCAGUGUUCGCAUCUGUAUCUGCAUUCCUUCCUUAA